UUAGCUCUAUAAAUUUAUUGAUAAGUUAUUAGUAAGAUGAGUAGUAAGGAAGCUGACAUGGAAGUAGACUAUUGAAGCGACUAUGAUGCUGAGAGUGGAGCCCUUGAUUAUGAACUCACAAUUCCUCCUGAUGAUAGCCAGAUGAAGAAAAUAAUGCGAUUGGUAAGGACACUUAAGAUUGAUGAGCUUAAGGAGUAUCUUAAAGAGAGCAACCUUGACUUGACUAAAGCAAGAUUGAAGAAAAAUAAUCAAUCUUUAUUGUUCUAUUGCUUUGAUAUUGGGAAUGAAGAAGACUGCCUGAAAGCUCUUAAGAUCUUAGUGUCAGAUUUCAGACUAAAUCCUAAAAGGAGUGAUGAUAUUCAGCAAACUCUCUUGUUCUAUGCUUGCAGAGAAGGCUACAAUAUUGUGAUAGAUUGGCUAAUUGAUACUUACAAGCUUAGUGUCAAUAGAACUGAUAUGUAUGGGCAAACCCCUAUUUACUAUGCUUGAUCAAAAGGGCAGAAGUCUACUUUACUCAAAUUGAUUGACUUAAAGGCUGACUGCUGAUCUACAGAUCUUGAAAAUCAGACUCCUCUUUUCUUUGCUUCAAGAAAUGGUCAUACUGAAAUUUGCAAAAUUCUACUUGAGAAAGGCUGUCCUAUAAAUCAAAGAGACCAUAAGGGAGUAGGAGCAAUUGAUAUUGCACAAAAAUUUAAAAGGAUCGAUACAGUCAAUUUCUUGAUUGACCAAGGAGCUGAUGUUCCUCCAACAUGGAAAAUGGGAGCUCCAAAAUCACUUAAAUAAAGAAGAUAAGAAGCAAAAGAAGAUACGGAAAUAUAGACUGUGAAAGAUAUCUCAAGGAGAAGAAAGACUUGUUACGAAAGAAGAGUUUGAAAAUGACUUUGCUGAUAGGUUCCCUGAGCUUUACAAGAGUCUCAUUCAUGGGAGGAUCGAGGAAUUUAGGAAAAAUAUUAAAAUUGCUCCUUUGCCUAAACACCCGGUCUUUUCAACUUGGAAGAAACUGGCAAUGAGAAUUUUGAGAAAUUUAAUGAGAAUAGAUGGAGGAUGGAUAUUUAAAGAGCCGGUUGAUAUCGUGAAGCACAAAUGUCCAGAUUAUUAUGACAUCAUCAAAAAUCCUAUGGAUUUCUCUACAGUGAUGAGUAAGCUAAAAUGCAACGAUUAUGAAAAUUUGCAAGAUUUUUUAGAUGACCUCAAACUCAUUUUUAAUAACUGCAUUCUAUACAAUGGAGCUUACUCUCCCUAUGGAAUCACUGCAACUGCAAUGUUGAGUAAACUCGACACUCUUAUUGAAAAAUUCGGAGCCAUGCAUUAUAUAACCAACUAAAAGAACAUUCAAUUGCACUCUAUUAAAAA